AUUCUCCAGAUAUACGUAUCCGUAGAGCACCCAGUAUUGUACGAUUGUAAGUCUACAAGUCUACCAAAUUCACAAUGUCCUACGAAAAGUUGCCCUUAGAGGAGUUUUACAAGACCAUCGAUGAGUUGAAGCCCAAGUUCAUCGAAAGAUUGCAGAAGGCCAUCGCCAUCCCCUCUGUCUCCUCCGACGAGACUCUCAGACCUAAGGUAGUGGAAAUGGCCCAUUUCUUGGUCGACGAAUUGACCACCUUGGGCUUUCAGGAUAUCCAGUUGAAGGACUUGGGUAUCCAGCCUCCUCCAGUAGCCGACGCCAACUUGAAGUUGCCUCCAAUUGUGUUGGCCAGAUUCGGCCAGGACCCCAAGAAGAAGAAUGUCUUGGUCUAUGGCCAUUACGACGUCCAACCAGCCUUGAAGGAAGACGGCUGGGCUACCGAGCCUUUCACCAUGUUCCACGACAAGGAAAACGACAUUCUCUUUGGUAGAGGAUCCACUGACGACAAGGGCCCCGUUAUGGGCUGGUUGAACGUUGUCGAAGCCCACAACAAGUUGGGCUGGGAGUUGCCUGUGAACUUAGUCUGCUGCUUUGAAGGUAUGGAAGAAAGCGGUUCGUUGGGUUUGGACGAGUUGGUGGCCAAGGAAGCUCAACAGUACUUCAAGGGUGUAGACCAAGUCACCAUCUCCGACAACUACUGGUUGGGUACCACCAAGCCAGUUUUGACCUACGGUUUGAGAGGAUGUAACUACUACCAGAUUAUCGUUGAAGGUCCAGGUGCAGAUUUGCACUCGGGUAUCUUUGGUGGGAUCAUUGCCGAGCCCAUGACCGACUUGGUGAAGCUCAUGUCUACUUUGGUAGACAACAAGGGUAAAAUCUUGAUCGAUGGUGUCAGCGACAUGGUGGCUCCUUUGACCGAGAAGGAAGACCAGUUAUAUGAUGCCAUCGAUUUCUCUGUAGAGGAAUUGAAUGCUGCUGCUGGUUCCAAGACUUCGUUGCACGACAACAAGAAGGACAUCUUGAAGCACAGAUGGAGAUUCCCAUCGUUAUCGUUGCACGGAAUCGAAGGUGCCUUCUCCGGUGCCGGUGCCAAGACUGUUAUCCCAGCAAAGGUCGUUGGUAAGUUCUCCAUCAGAACUGUGCCCAACAUCGUUUCCAACACUUUGGACAAGUUGGUCAUUGACCAUGUGACCAAGGAGUUCGCAAAACUCGAUUCUGUUAACAAGUUCAAGGUCGAGUUGAUUCACGACGGUGCCUACUGGGUUUCUGAUCCUUUCAACGAAUCGUUUACUGCUGCUUCCAAGGCUACCCAGGACGUGUGGAAUGUCGUUCCAGACUUCACCAGAGAAGGUGGCUCCAUUCCUAUCACCUUAACUUUUGAGAAGGAGUUGGGAGUCGAUGUCUUGUUAUUGCCUAUGGGUAGAGGUGACGAUGGUGCCCACUCAAUCAACGAGAAGUUGGAUGUUCCUAACUACAUCAACGGUUGCAAGACCUUGGGUGGUUACUUGCACUACUACGCCAAGGCUUAGAUAUGUAUUGACGAAUAUUUUAUACCGUAUACCAUUAC